GUUGUCUUUUCAUAUUUAUAAAUGGGGAGAUAUCCAUGUUGUAAAGUUGAUGAAGAUUUAAAGAAGGGGCCAUGGACAAAUGAAGAAGAUGAAAAAUUAAUGGAUUAUAUUACAAAAAAUGGCCAUACUAAUUGGCAAUUAAUUCCAAAAAAAGCAGGUUUAAAUAGAUGUGGCAAAAGUUGUAGAUUAAGGUGGACUAAUUAUUUAAGGCCUGAUAUUAAAAGAGGAGAAUUCUCAAUUGAAGAAGAAGAAAUCAUCAUCAACCUACAUUCACUUCUUGGAAACAAGUGGUCAAGAAUUGCAGCCCAUCUUCCAGGAAGAACCGAUAAUGAAAUCAAGAAUUUCUACAACACUCAUCUAAGGAAAAAACUACUAAGAUUGGGAAUUGACCCCAGGACUCAUAAACCAAUUUCUGACCUCAAUCUCCUCAUAAAUCUUUCUCAUCAAUUUACUUCUAAACAUAAUAUUAAUCAUCAUCUGAUGAAUAAUAUUAAUCCCUUAGCAUAUGCUCUUAAAUUACAAGCACAAGUCACAGAAAUAGCCAAAAUUCAACAACUAGUACAUAGCCUUUUCACACCCAUAAAUACAAACAAUCCACUUUCCACCAAUUUUCAUGAAAAUUUUGCAACAAGUUCAAGUCAUGUUAUAACAAAUAAUGUUGCUACAAACAUCCAAUUCUUGAAUUCUUUGCUAGUAAAUUCACGUGGUAAUAUUCCAAAUUUGGAUAAUUCUACUUCUUGCAUUUCAAAUUCAUCAGAAUUAUCUAAUUAUCAAAGUGAAUUAAACUCAAAGGUGGAUAAUUUUGAAGGACUAAGCAACAAUUCAUCAAAGACACAAGUAGAUUAUAAUAACUCACUUCCUUCACUAAUUACUCCUUCUUCUCCAGAUCAAGCUAAUGAUGCUCAUGUUAAUCAAGAUUAUGACCCUAAUACAUUAUCACAACUUAAUCAUGAGGGUAUUGAUGAUUCCUUCUGGAAUGACAUUUUUCCAUAA